AGCGGCCGCCUACCGCGGGACGGCAGAAACUUUUAGCUGUAAUUUGAUCAUUUGGCAGAGGUGCUCGCGCAGGCUCUCCCUUAAGCGAUGGGGGUAGCGGGACUUCACUGAAGAUGAUCAACUUUGCACGUCGUAGCGACUGCCACAUCACUGGGUCUAUGGACAACAAAAUGCUGACUCUUUUAAUACUUCUGAACGCACUGGCCACAUGCCUGAGCUUCCCACAGCGAUGUACACAGGAAGAAGCUGCAAUAGGAAGAUGCAGAACACCUGCAGAAGAGGGUCCGCAGUGCAUAGAGAUGGUUCUUGGCUACUGUCAGGACGUCCCAUACACCCACACCACAUUCCCUAACAUCGUGGGCCACCGCACGCGGCAGGAUUUAGAGAUGGGUGCAGAGUACCUACUCCUGAGCGUGAUCAAUGGCCUGCUAAAGGGAGAGUGUUCUCCAGACAUCCGUAUACUGGGAUGCUCAGUUUUGGCUCCUCGCUGUGAUAACGGGAGACUUAUAAAGCCGUGCCGCAGCUCCUGUGAGAUGCUGAAAAAGAGCUGCAUUCAUGCCUUCGAGGCCAUUCAGAUGGCGUGGCCUUACUUUCUGGACUGCGACCGCUUCUUUGUUGGCAGCGAGGAGGGUUGUUAUGAUCCGCUGUUGGAGCUGAGAGAAAAGCAGGAGGUGGCCUUGGCCAACAUAUCUGAUGGUGGUCUUUCCACUGUCAUUCAGUUUACGUACCACUCCAACUCUCAGAUGUUCAGCGUCCUGAAGAAGACUGCAUCCAAGUGCUCUCAUAUCUCACAAACAUACAGCAUUGGGCGCAGUGUGGAGGGAAAAGACUUGCUGGUUAUUGAAUUCUCCAACAACCCUGGACAACAUGAGCUAUUGGAGCCGGAGAUCAAAUUAAUCGGAAACAUGCAUGGAAAUGAGGUUCUGGGCCGACAGCUUCUGAUAUACCUUGCUCAGUAUCUGUGCUCCGAGUAUCUGCUGGGCAAUGAGCGAAUUCAGACCAUCAUCAACACCACGCGCAUCCACAUCCUGGCCUCCAUGAAUCCUGACGGCUAUGAAAUUGCCGCUUCUGAGGUAGCCGAUAGGAACGACCCCGAAAACAUCUACCAGGAAGGUCAUGAGUACAAUGGAUGGACCAGUGGUCGGGCCAAUGCGCAAAAUCUCGAUCUGAACCGUAACUUCCCUGACCUCACAUCCAUCUUCUACAAUCGGCGGCGUUUUCGGCAUUUCCGUAGUGACCACAUCCCCAUCCCUGACUCCUACUGGAUGAAUAAGGUAGUUGCACCUGAGACUUACGCUAUAAUGAAGUGGAUAAGGACCUAUCCUUUUGUUAUAUCUGCCAGUCUGCAUGGAGGAGAGCUGGUCAUCUCUUACCCUUUCGACUUCUCCAGACACCCCCAAGAAGAAAGAAUGUACUCGCCCACACCAGAUGAGCAGAUUUUCAGGCAGUUGGCUAGAACAUAUGCAGAUGCUCAUGCCACUAUGUCCAACAAUGACACAGAGAGAUGUGGAGCCUCAUUUGCCAAUAAAGGAGGAAUAACCAACGGCGCACUGUGGUAUAGCUUUGCUGGAGGGAUGUCAGACUUUAAUUACCUGCACAGCAAUUGUUAUGAGAUCACGGUGGAGCUGGGCUGUGAUAAAUUCCCCUCUGAGGAAGAGCUUUACCCUGAGUGGCGCAGGAAUAAGGAAGCUCUGCUCAGCUUCAUGGAAUCUGUCCACAAAGGUAUAAAAGGAAUUGUAAAGGAUGAACAUGGAAAUGGCAUUAAAGGAGCCAUUAUAUCAGUUAAGGGGUUACGACAUGACAUCACCACAGCGGAGGAUGGAGAUUACUGGAGAUUAAUGAAUCCAGGAGUCCACAUUGUGACCGCAUCAGCCUCUGGAUAUUCCAAACAAUCUAAACGCAUUAACUUGCCAAGAAACACACAGGUAGGCCGGGUGGACUUUGUGCUGAAAAAGGUCCCACGUGAGCCCUCGCUUGACUACUUUAACAUCCCCGAACUGGACAGUUAUGAGCGUUUUGACCCGUUUAAUCAGUUCGAGCAGUACAGCCAAAGGGAGCUGGGAGAGGAUGGAGAGGAGAGGACUGAGAAGCCCUGGUGGUGGACUUAUUUCAGCCAGUUAGGCAUGUCUGCUCCUACCUGGCUCCUGCGCAACUAUUAGAGGCCAUUGGAGAGCAGUCUGACUCUUAAUGUUUUGCACCUAAGCCUUACUUGAUGACUGUUUUCACGAUAGCAACAAUAGUUUUUUAUAGCAUGCAAGAUGUGCAGCUAACCCCUGGGUGUUGAGAAGACUGCGUUAAAGUCUUAUACAUUACUGGUUGUAAUAUUUGGAAUGAUAAGCAGGUUUUUAGGAGUUGUGUUAUGCUCAGCAAGGCUAUAUUUAUUUGAUUUGAUUAUUUAAAAAUAUUACACUGCAAAAUAACUAGUUUCUUUUUGUGAUAUACAGUUGAAGUCAGAAUUAUUAGCCC